AUGCAUCUUUCCUAUUUGCUUGUCCAAGGGCUCUUGGCUGUUUCUGCGGGAGCAUCUCGACACCGAAGAGUCCGCCGACAGAAAGGGCCAACUGAUCCAGGUAUUCCUUCAGACUGCACCUACUGGGAGACAGUGGAGGCCGACGGUCAGGAUUGCACUUACCUUGAGGAUCUCUGGGAGUUGGAGCACGCUACAUUUGUUGAAUAUAACCCUAGUGUCAAGGAUGACUGUAGUGGUAUUCAACUCGGACACUCGUACUGCGUUGAAGUCAACAAUGGGUUCCCUCGUGACGAUGAUCCUCCCAAGGUGACAGGCACUAGGGGUACCGGGCCCGAGCCUACACAAGCUACCAAGCCCAGUCCUACCCAGGACGGACUCAUUGACACUUGCACAUCGUUUUACGAAGCCAAAAAGGGAGAUACUUGCAACAAGAUCAUUGCUCAGUACAAGACCUUUGACUUUGAUGACUUCUUCAAGUGGAACCCGGCAGUCGACAAAGACUGUAGCGGCAUCUGGGCCAAUACUUGGUACUGCGUCGGUGUUCCUGGAACGCCUACGAGCCCGCCAACCAAGACAAUUGUGACUACAACCAAGCCAACUGGAGCACCAAAGCCCAGUCAAACCCAAGAAGGGCUUAUUGAGAGCUGCACGGCCUUCCAUAUGGCUGAGAAGGGCGACACCUGUGCCAGGAUUGUGUCAAAGUUUGGCACCUUCGACUUCGACACUUUCUACAAGUGGAAUCCGGCAGUGGGCAAAGACUGUAGUGGCAUUUGGGCAAGUUACUACUAUUGUGUUGGUGUUCCGGGUACCGCUACCGUCAAGCCCUCCGCUACUACACCGAAGCCGACGGCGACUGGAGGAAUUGAGACUCCAUCUCCCAUUCAAGAAGGUUUGGUCAAGAACUGCAACAAGUUUCAUCAGAUCACUUCGACCACCACUUGCUCCUCCAUUGAGUCGUACUAUAAGCUACCGCUCGCCCAGUUCCUUGCUUGGAACCCCGCUGUUGGAAAGGACUGCACUUCUCUCUGGAAAGGCUACUGGGUCUGUAUCAGUGUUGAAGGCUACAGGCCAACCACUACGACAACAGCCAAGCCCACUAUCACCAAGCCUGCGAAUGGCAUUACAACGCCUUCACCAAUUCAAGACGGCAUGGUCAAGAACUGCGAGAAGUUCCACCAGAUCAAGUCCACUACUACCUGCACCUCCAUCGAGAACUACUACAACCUGCCGCUCUCGACCUUCCUCUCAUGGAACCCUGCUGUUGGAAAGGACUGCACUUCGCUUCUUGUCAACUACUGGGUAUGCGUUGCAACUGUCGGCUGGAAGCCACCUACGAAGACGACUACGAAGGCCGCCACAACAACCAAGGGCUCCUCUAACGGGAUCAAGACACCUCCUCCUGUGCAGCCGGGCAUGGUAAGCAACUGUAACAAGUUUCAUAUGGUUCAGAAGACCACGACCUGCGAUUCUAUCCAAAACUACUAUAAGAUUUCUUUGGCGGACUUUGUUAAGUGGAAUCCUGCAGUUGGGUCGAAAUGCACUGGUCUAUGGGCAGACUACAAUGUCUGCGUCGGGGUUAUUGGAGGUACUCCUACCAAGCCAGACAACGGGGUUAAGACGCCCUCGCCGAUUCAGCCUGGGAUGGUAAGCAACUGUAAGAAAUUCCACCAGGUGGCGUCCACAACGACAUGCGACUCGAUUCAGAAGUAUUACAAGAUCACUAUGGCUCAGUUGGCGAAGUGGAAUCCGGCAGUCGGCACUAAAUGCACCGCGCUUUGGGCUAAAUAUUGGGUUUGUGUUGGUGUGUAG